AUCUGCUAUCUCGUCUGCUAUUUUUUUUCUAUCGUACCACUAUAGCAUUGAGUUAACACAGACUUAGCAAAUAGCAGGAGUUAGCGAAUAGCUCGACUUAGCCAGCUAACUCCAACAUUCUGAAUAGUGAAUACCCCUUAUAAUUCAUAAUGAUAUUGUAUCUAUCAAUGUAUAAAUAAAUUAUAGCUUGCUGAAUCAUUUUUCAGAUCAAAGCAUUAGAAUACGCUUCCAAAACAGUCACUCCUCAUCUCUCGAUUUUCAAUUCCAAACACGAAGCUCCGGGUGUAGAACUGGCUGAUUUUCUUCAGGUUCUGACUACUGCUUCAGCACACGAUAUUUUCAAUCUGGAGCGAUUGGAAACUCUGGGCGAUUCUUUUCUUAAGUAUGCCGUGUCUCUCUUACUAUUCAUCCGCUUUCCCGAACUGUCUGAAGGCCAGCUGACAAUGAUUAAGGGCAAAGUCAUCGGAAACCGAAAUCUGUUCUAUUGUGGUGAGCAGAAGGGCUUGGGCUCCAUUAUCAAGGCUGAUGAAUUCAACACAGAGUCCGAUUGGAUUGCGCCCGGAUUUUGUGUGGAUCGUACAGUGCAGAAUUUGUUUCGAGAGUUGAACAUAAAUCCACGCUACUUGUACGAAAUUCCGCUGUCAAGAGACGAGAUAGAAUGUGGCAAACUGUCGCCGAGAACCAAAGACAUAAUUGAGGAGAAAUUGGAGGAAUGGGAAGAGGAUUUGGAUUAUUGCAACUACAGCAAUGCGCACUUCAUUUCUCAGCAAGUCAUAUCUAAUAAGACUGUGUCGGACAGUGUUGAAGCAUUGCUCGGAUUGUAUAUCCAGAGCUAUGGACUGGAGAAAGGGUUUGAUAUGCUACGCUGGCUGAAGGUAAUCGACCCGAAGCUGAUCACACCUGACGUGUACACUAAGAAGAAGGUUGAGCCGACCAUUCUGUCCAAGGGCGGGCAAAUCGAUUUCCACAUCCAUCAUCCCGACUAUCUCGAGAAACUUAUCAACUACAAGUUUAAAGAUCGCGCCUUCCUACUGCAGGCACUCUCGCAUCCCACCUACCAGCCCAACAACAUCACUCCAACCUAUCAGCGGCUCGAGUUUCUCGGCGACGCCAUACUUGAUUUUCUGGUGAUGACACACAUGUACGAGUAUUGCGACAACCUGACACCGGGUGAGCUGACGGACCUGCGCUCUGCACUGGUGAACAACGUUACUUUGGCGUCGAUCGCAGUCCGCAUCGGUCUGCACAAGUUCCUGCUGCUGCGAUCCUGCCAGCUGUCCAAGGUGAUCGAGGCAUUUGUCGAGCGACAGGAGUCGCGCAACCACGACUUCUCCGACGACACACUCUUCCUCAUCGAUGAGAUUGACUGCAACAUUGGCGAGUCCAUUGAGGUUCCAAAGAUUCUUGGUGAUGUGUUUGAAUCGUUGGUGGGCGCCAUUUUCCUUGACAGCAACAAAUGCCUAAAAACCACUUGGGAUUUCAUCUACAGGUUUAUGCACAAAGAAAUCGGUAAAUAUUUGAAUAUUAGAUAUUUUUUCUAUGAUUUCAACAGCUUCUCUUCUUGUUCUCAAGUAUUACAUUCAAUACUAUACCGCUGCAUGCAACAUGAGUUACAUGCAAGGUGCACUAUAGCAAGCUGCAUCGACCUCGUUGAGAACCAUCUGAAUAUUGCACGUCAAGAGGCCUGUGGCAGUAACUCCAUACAUCCUUUGCAGAUCCAUGAACAUCUGGUUUCAGGCUAA